AGCAGGAUAUCUUGCGGAGAGCUGUCACUGAGGGCUGGUCCAAAGAGAUCGCGGUGGAAGCGAUCGCGAAGAUGAAGGACGAUUCGAAGGAUCAUGGGUUGGAUCUGUAGGACUUGCGCGCUUCAUACACUAUGUCCCAUCGACGACUCCAAUUCCCUGUCUGAAAAAAUUUGACAUUAGUUAGUCUCUCGGCGCAGUGUGAAAGGAUUCGAGCUUAUGCUGCAACAAGAGGUGGGGGAGACAUGAUCUGCACAGAAGGAUCAUGCACCGCCACCUGGCUGUGCUGAGCUGUUGUUUUCGUUAAAACACAUAAAACAGUACGUCCCUCCGUUAUGAUGAGCACGGAAGAGGGCACCAGAUUAACCCAUGUCACCAGUUGCUCCUAGCGCUGAGGCGCUGAGCGCCACGUACCAAGAUGCUCAUCAAGUUCAACAAGUCUCUGGUCAAACGCUGUUCUGGGCAUUAGUCCCGCUCGCACUCAAUGCCAUGGGACAAGAAUCUCCGACAGCAAAGAUAAUCUUCGAUGCGGGCUAUCUGGCAGAAGGAAGUCUCGUACCACAUCUCUCAUCGCCGGUCUUCGUCCUGGCUGAUUGUAUCUUCGACAUUCUCGCCAUCUUUCAAGCACUCCGUACGACAUCGUCAGAGACGGCAUCGGACGAUGAUGUAUCAAGUGCCAACUUUUCAAGGAGCCAGUUAACUGUCGGGAACGUCUCCGUGCGGCUUUUGCUGUUCAUCUUCGGGGUCCUGCCGCAAGCGAUCAGACUCUUCGCCAUGAAAGGAAUUCCAUUUGUCCAGGUAUUGGCCGGAGUCUUCUUAGUGGGCAGCUUGGCCCGGAUGGCAGCGAUCUUUGCGUUCCGAUUGAGAGACGACCCUCAUCGCAAGUUUCAGGAAUGGUUCUCGGACAGGCCUGAAGUCAAAGAAUUACUACUGGGCGGCGUGUUGCUGUGCCAUGCCGUCAUUUGCUGCCUAUCCUGGUAUCAGAUUGCCCAAGUGCCAUAUCUAGAGCAUUCGAGUCUCACGGACAAUUUCAACAAUUUGUGCGCCUGGAUCUCUGGAAUUGGUGCCGUCCUUCUUAUCGCAACGCUCUGCUACUGGAUUCUAAGCGUUUUCUUCGCUCCUUUCUGGCGAUACUCCCUUCUGCCAUACACGCCACUACCGUUAUGGUUCUGUGUUUCAAGCUUUUUAGGAUAUCCUCAUCACCUUUUGCAAGCGGGCGAGACAAGAGCGGCGUGUCUACAUGGAAGUGGCACGACAAGUUGCGCAGACGCCAAGAUUUGCAAUGGCAGAUUACAUUGUUACGCCAAACCUAUCCAAAUCACCUUUCCACUCAUCGCGGUGGCACUUAUGGGUAGUUAUGCGCUUGCUGUAUUACUGGUGAAAGGAGCUGCCCUCGUUCCUGGUCAUUCUCCUGCUUCUGUCCCCGAGCCGAACAUUGAAGAGCCUGCUACCGAUACUAGAGUCGAUGCUACAGUUGUUGAAAUGGAUCCAAGUUCUUCGACGUCGGAACCUUCUGGUCAUGUUGCUGUUUCUAACCCUGAACCGGUCACGAAAGAGCCUUCGACUGGUCGUAGUGUCGAUGCUACAUUUGUUGCAGGGGCCGCAGGUUCUUCGAUAUCAAACCCUCAUAUUUAUGUUGCUGCUUCUGAUCCGGAACCGGUCGCAAAAGACCUUGCGAACAAUCGUCAUAUCGGCGCUGCCGUUGUUGAAGUGAUCGAGGGUCCUUCGAUAUCGAAACCGAAAUCGGAAUUCGAGGACGAUGCUAUGGUAUACGGUCUCGUAGCUAUUAGAUCACUACUUAAAGAUGUUGAAACCUUGGGCCGUAGUGAGGCGUACCAUCGUUGGCUUCUGACGUCCUACAUUUUCAGCAAGUACCGCCAAUCACUACCUCAAACCAUCGUUCGAAGCUGGAAGGGAACAAGAAAAUCUGCGCGGCAAAAUGAGGGCGAAGGAACUCUGGAUGAAGAAAAAGACUGUGUCCAGCCCCAGAGUCUACAAUCUCCUCGAUACGUACGCUUCCCUCGAGAUCUAUUCUGGUUGACCGUGCUGGGCGUCAUUCAGCUGAUGUUGUUCUUUCUCUUUGCCGGCAUGACCCUAUGGGACGUGGGUCAAAUGCAAAAGUCAGGCACUAAGGUGGCCAAACGAGUAAGCCCAGCAGCGUUCUGGGUAGCGUUCUCAUUAUUCAAUUUGGCGACCGCUGCCACUUACUUCUUUGUAGCCUUCGAAGGGGCUGGCACAGAAACUCCUGCUUGGACAAAUAUAUUGAAUAGAUGAUAGGAGAGCACAUUCAUUGAGAGCGCACGGCAGAUUACAUUAUCAUUGUGCCUGAGCUUCGAACACGAACCUUGAUGGAAUGCCUUCCAGCCAGACCAUGGACCUAAUUUGAGCAUCCAACUCCGAAGAAACUCCCAUUGGAUUGACCGCUACUCUUCCACGUGACACUGGCAAAUGACCCCUGACCAGCAACACAGGAGCACUUCGUAUUAUCAUUCCACUUCCUGUCUUCUC